GUAAAGCAAACAGCGGCGUAAUCACCACAGACAUUUGCGAUAGCGACGAGCCGUUUGCUUUUGAUAAACUCGCGCAAGACCCAUCUCCGUACGCUCGAUUAUCAGUAAACCUGCCGCGGCUAUUAAAGAGAUUCCAAAAAUAAUGAAACUAGUGAAAUCCUCUUAACACACCAAUGAAAGCAAUGUUUUAGUGAAGAUAAUCAUGUUAAGAUGCAAUGUUAACAGACCACCCUAAGCUGCACCCUCUGUCUAACGACUUUGAGAUUUUUCUGUCAGUCUCUUAUUAAUACUUAGGCAGCUUUUGGCAUGUCGGUGUUUGUUCUCUGCAAGGCAAAGCAACAGAGGAAAUGACUCGAUCUGCUUGUCUGUUUAUUUUGCAGGAGAGAGUUGUGCGACGAAGUGGCAGCUUUUGACUGAAAGACUUAUCUAAAUUCUUCAAAUGCCGGACUAAAGUGCGUCAAAUUUAUUGUCCCAUUAGCGAUUCUAUCGGCUUGAAGCUACGGUUGAUUGGAGCCUCUUUUGCAUGCCCUCGGGGCUUUUUUAGCUUGAAGUUGAUCAUUUGCUGCUGAGUGAGAAUGGAGGAAGUUUAACCAAGGAAGAAUCCACACAACUGGGUCAAGAGUCUACUAAAGUAAUCACAAAAGGGGACGGAAUUUGUUUUCUUACAAUGGGAUCGCGAGUCUUUUGAUCGGUUUGCUCUUCUUGUUUGCUGUUUGGAUUAGGAUUCCGGCCUCACGCACUAAUUCAAUCGCUUGACAAAACCAAUUAUUGAACGAAAUCCCGAUUGAGGAAAAAACAUCGAAAGAGAAAAUGUGCGAGAAAGUAGUAUGUCAUCGCCAAUCACAUCGCAUCGCAAAUCAUAAUAAGCCUUCGUUUGUUUUAUAAAGUCGACAUCCCCGGUUGAUUUUUCAUUCUUUUAAAUCAAGAAACAUGUUCUACGCGGGGUACUGGUUUAACACGUCACUAAAGAGUGCUAUUCUCUACAUGUUCAUAUCUGUUUUUACGGUGUCUGGAAAUGCUUUCGUUAUCUUGGUGUUCAUCUUGGAUCCGUACAAACAGCUCCGCACUCUACAGAACUAUUAUAUAUUUAGCUUGUCGUGUAGCGAUAUGUUAAUGGGCCUUGCCGCCGAGCCACUGCUGAUCGCGACCUACUGGCAUUACGAGAACACCGCGGAGAAUUCACUGUUUCUCGCGCAUUAUCUCUUCGCUAUAAUCUCCGGGGUUUCAUCCCUUAUGAACAUGGCCGCAUUGUCGGUAUUUCGCUGCAUUGCCAUCAAGAUGCCGUUCACACAUUAUAAAGUUAUAACUCGAAGGAGGGUAAUCAUCUCGAUAAUGCUUCUAUGGAUGUUCUCGGUGCAGUUUAGCGCUGUGCCGUUGCUUGGCUGGCGAGGGAGGUAUUACCAGCUUUAUCUUUACGGUGUUGGUUGCGUGGCACCAAGUAUUGUAAUCUGCUGCGCUUAUUUUGGGAUUUUUCGCGCUAUAAAGCAACACAGUAGUUCACUUCAAAGGGCUGGAACCAUAAAACAUCAUGCACUGAAGGCUGUGGUGACUAGGGAAAAGGCAACAGCCAAGACAUUGUUGAUCAUCCUUGGCGUAUUCCUUGCGUUCUGGGGGCCCUUUCUCCUAGUGGACUUCUUGAUGGUUCAGUUCCCCAGUCUUCGUGAGGACGGGACUAUCCACCUGGCACGUGACAUCACACUUACAUUUACUUAUUUCUCAUCAGGCAUUAACCCAGUGCUGUACGCUUGGCGCGUCAAUCAGUUCCGCCGAGCCUUUAUCCGCUUGUGCUGUUGCGGUCGCCAUCAGCGGGUCAUGCGCAGAUUCAUGGACACAUCUUUUAUCCCGCCUGCGAACUCAAACUAUAACUCGGGCGGUACCAUGGACACGCCAAGCACGAGAUCAAAAGCGAUACGCAGACGUGAUAAUGGCAUUACCACAAGACUGUAAUUGCAGUAGGCCAACUCUAGACCUCUCCCUUCCACUCAAAGGGGAAAAUUGGCAAGGGCCCAGCCCUAUGGCCCACCCCCGGUCCACGAAGGGUGCGAUGUCGUAUGGUAAUGAGGUACCCUGCUAACAAAGGCCUCUUCCUAGUGUUUCUCGGUGUUGGACUUUGUAUCGCUUUCGCGAUCUAGCCACUCACGUUAUUUUGGUUCUUUUGUGCUGAGCAGCACUCUUCUGAACAGAAAUACAGUCAACACAGAGACGCGAAUCUCAGGUGAAUUGAUAAAACAGAAAGAAAAAGCUCCUACCAGUAAAGGGCUUUUACUUUCCAUGCUGAUCCUCAGUGUUGCCACUAACAAAAGUAUGUUCCACAUCAAGUGGCUUCACUACUAUUUACAAUAAGAUGAGUUAUUUGGUAGAAAUUUGCUGUUGUUAAUCUUAAUCAAGGGCAGUUGUUCAUAUUUGGACUACCUUUCAUUUUAUUUAUUUUGCUAUUCGAAUAAAAAUUGGUAUUUUAUGAUGUUAUUAUGGUUUGUUUAGUGUUAGAUAGGUUGAGGUUUCUUGAAGAAUGGCAUAGUAGACGAGGGGAUAUACUAAUAAAACCAUCAGUAACAAAA